AUGGAAGCUAAUUGUCAACCUGUCCGUAAAGGAAGUUCUACACUUCUAACAGCUCAUUACCUAUAUUUACUGUCGAGGAAUUUGAAUGUUCACCAUAUGCCUCUUCCUUUAUUUUUUGCCAAUAUUAAUCUACGAUCUUUACUACAAGACAAGGACACCUUCCUAUGGUUUCAGCAAUCAUUUUGUGGAAAUGAACCUUCUGAUACUGGUCUAAACAAUCAUGUGAUUGCCAUUCAGAGAGUGCUUCCAUAUGGACAUGUAUAUGAGAUACAAAUGGGUUUCCUGAAGUUGCAACAGAUAGCCAUAAUCCUAAUUGCUUUAUCGCCUGCAACUACAUCUGGGGAACUGCUAAGAUGUCAUUAG